ACGAGGAGAGAAGGGGGUGUGUGUCGGAGGGCGGGGGGUGGGGGGCGAAGGACCGGCGAACACCUCCUCUUAACUCUCGCAGCACCGCGAGCGAACGACUGCAUCAGCUGCCUCGGGCCGGGAGCGGCCGACACAAGGAGAGGGGGCAGCGCGGCGGCAGCUUCGGCAGCGAGCGCGGCCUGGGAGGCUGCGAGGCGCCCCCUCACUCCCCGCCGGGUGGCAGCCCCGGAGCGGGCGGGGGGCGCCGGAGGCACACUCCGGCGAUGAAGCCGCUUCCCCCUCGGCUGGUGCGAGCCGGGGCCAGGGUCCAAGGACAAAGCCGGGAAGCGCUGGUGGCGCCCCGCCUCGGGCUGAGGGGGGGGCAUGCACCUGCAUAGCCCGCCGGGCUUCGGCUCUCCCGGCGCGCCUCAACUCCGCGGCUCCGCUAGCCGGCUCCGGAUUUACUAGAAGCCAUUUUGUCUCCCCCACCCCUCCCCUCCCCUCCCCUCUGCCCUCCCCGCCCCCUCUACUUUCCCCUUUUGUUAAUUAAAACUAAGAAGUGAGAAUGGGAACGAGGUGGCCAGCUCCGGCGGCAAACGCUUAAGGACACCGCGCCAGUUCUUCCCUUCCUUCCUUCCGAGAUGGAAAGAGGAGCUCCUAGCUCACUUAAGCCGGGGUAGGGCUGGUUCUCCUUUCCGAGCCAAAAUCCCAGGCGAUGGUGAAUUAUGAACGUGCCACACCAUGAAGCUCUUGUGGCAGGUAACUGUGCACCACACCUGGAAUGCCGUCCUGCUCCCCGUCGUCUACCUCACGGCGCAAGUGUGGAUUCUGUGUGCAGCCAUCGCUGCUGCCGCCUCCGCCGGGCCCCAGAACUGCCCGUCUGUCUGCUCGUGCAGUAACCAGUUCAGCAAGGUGGUGUGCACCCGCCGGGGCCUCUCCGAGGUCCCUCAGGGUAUUCCUUCCAACACCCGGUACCUCAACCUCAUGGAAAACAACAUCCAGAUGAUCCAGGCCGACACCUUUCGCCACCUCCACCACCUGGAGGUCCUGCAGCUGGGCAGGAACUCCAUCCGGCAGAUCGAGGUGGGGGCCUUCAACGGCCUGGCCAGCCUCAACACCCUGGAGCUGUUUGACAACUGGCUGACAGUCAUCCCGAGCGGGGCCUUUGAAUACCUGUCCAAGCUGCGGGAGCUCUGGCUGCGCAACAACCCCAUAGAAAGCAUCCCCUCUUAUGCCUUCAACCGGGUGCCCUCCCUCAUGCGCCUGGACUUGGGGGAGCUCAAGAAGCUAGAGUACAUCUCUGAGGGGGCUUUUGAGGGACUGUUCAACCUCAAGUACCUGAACUUGGGCAUGUGCAACAUUAAAGAUAUGCCCAACCUCACCCCCCUGGUGGGGCUGGAGGAGCUGGAGAUGUCAGGAAACCACUUCCCUGAGAUCAGGCCUGGCUCCUUCCAUGGCCUGAGCUCCCUCAAGAAGCUAUGGGUCAUGAACUCACAGGUCAGCCUGAUUGAGCGGAAUGCUUUUGAUGGGCUGGCCUCCCUGGUGGAACUCAACUUGGCCCACAAUAACCUCUCUUCUUUGCCCCAUGACCUCUUCACCCCACUGAGGUACCUGGUGGAGUUGCACCUACACCACAAUCCUUGGAACUGUGAUUGUGACAUUCUGUGGCUAGCCUGGUGGCUUCGAGAGUACAUACCCACCAAUUCCACCUGCUGUGGCCGCUGUCAUGCUCCCUUGCACAUGCGAGGCCGCUACCUGGUGGAGGUGGACCAGGCCUCCUUCCAGUGCUCUGCCCCCUUCAUCAUGGAUGCACCUCGGGACCUCAAUAUCUCUGAGGGUCGGAUGGCAGAACUUAAGUGUCGGACUCCCCCCAUGUCCUCCGUGAAGUGGCUGCUGCCCAAUGGGACAGUGCUCAGCCACGCCUCCCGCCACCCACGGAUUUCUGUCCUCAACGACGGCACCUUGAACUUCUCCCAUGUGCUGCUCUCAGACACUGGGGUAUACACAUGCAUGGUGACCAACGUGGCGGGCAACUCCAAUGCCUCGGCCUACCUCAACGUGAGCACGGCCGAGCUCAACACCUCCAACUACAGCUUCUUCACCACUGUCACAGUGGAGACCACUGAGAUCUCGCCUGAGGAUACAACACGAAAGUACAAGCCCGUUCCUACUACGUCCACUGGUUACCAGCCGGCAUAUACCACCUCUACCACGGUGCUCAUUCAGACCACCCGUGUGCCCAAGCAGGUGGCGGUAACCGCGACGGACACCAAUGAUAAGAUGCAGACCAGCCUGGAUGAAGUCAUGAAGACCACCAAGAUCAUCAUUGGCUGCUUUGUGGCAGUGACUCUGCUAGCUGCUGCCAUGUUGAUUGUCUUCUAUAAACUUCGCAAGCGGCACCAGCAGAGGAGUACAGUCACAGCUGCCCGGACUGUUGAGAUUAUCCAGGUGGAUGAAGACAUCCCAGCGGCGGCAUCUGCAGCAGCAACAGCAGCUCCAUCCGGUGUAUCAGGUGAGGGGGCGGUCGUGCUGCCCACAAUUCAUGACCAUAUUAACUACAACACCUACAAACCAGCACAUGGGGCCCACUGGACAGAAAACAGUCUGGGGAACUCUCUGCACCCCACAGUCACCACUAUCUCUGAACCUUAUAUCAUUCAGACCCAUACCAAGGACAAGGUACAGGAAACUCAAAUAUGACUCCCCCGCCCCAAACUUAUAAAAUGCAAUAGAAUGCACACACACACAAGACAGCAACUUUUGUACAGAGUGGGGAGAGACUUUUUCUUGUAUAUGCUUAUAUAUUAAAUCUAUGGGCUGGUAAAAGAAACAGAUUAUAUUAAAAUUUAAAAAGAAAAAUCAAAACAAAACUAUUUUCUAACUUGUAAGUUCUAUUUAAAGGGGGUGGGGGACCUUGGGAAUGUUGUGGGAUAGAAGCCACAAGUCAGUCUGCUGUGCUGCCAGGAGGGAUUUCUGGUAUAGCGUUGAAACUGCUAAGAUAAAACAAACUAAAACACCAACCAAUAUCCCGAAAGAGUUAAGGUGUGGGCUGCUGAGGGGUGGGGGGAUAGGCUGAACUGUCACUGUUUAGAAGAUACUUCAUAGGACACAGGACUACCCAUUUCUCUAGACAUCUUUCUUAGGCUGAGAGCUGUCUUUGCAGAUUUAUCGUAUUUAAACAAAAAAUACAAACAAACAAAAAACAGCACUAAGAAUCUGUACUGUGCGUAAAAUGUUGAGAGGCAAUAAUUUUUUCUUCAGAGGCCAAGGGAAGGACAGAUCUGUAAAAUGUAUUUUAAACAGGAAAACCACCAAAAUUCAACGGAAACCUUAAAGGGACUGAGUAUGUGCAUUCCUGUGCACAAGUCUUCUUGGUUUGUUCAGUGGGACACAGCGUGCCCCGCCUGACAGAGGGCUUCGGGAAGGAGCAGAGAAGGAAGGGAGCUGGCGUAGCUGUCAGUCAAACGCUUUCACAUUGCACCAGAUUCCUGCAGCUGGGCUUAACCCACUCUGUGCAAGGCAUGUGUCUAUCAGGGCUUCCCAGGAGAAGGAGG